UAUUUUGCGAAAUUGAUUAAAAAGAAAAAAAUAUAUAUUCAUAAAUAACGAAGAGACUGCAAGUGCUAAUAACAACGAAGCGAUAAUCAAAGAACAAACUAGAACAGGAACUCUGUAACGGAAGUGUACUGUGGAUCGCCUUGUCUCUAGGUCAGCAGGACGCGAUAAGCCAAGCCUACGGGAAAGUUUCGAAGUUUUAAGCCAGAGUUUCAGAAGUUACCGAUGAUGCGUGAAUAUUAUAAGUAUGGAUCGUGUCCGUCGUGCCGUCCUCUCCCCCUCCACUCCUAGGAGCCGAGCCAUGGAUAAAUAUGAGCAACUGGCUGUUGUGGGAGAGGGCUCGUACGGUGUUGUGUUGAAGUGCAGACGCCGAGACACUGGUCAGCUCGUUGCUAUCAAGAAGUUCCUGGAGACAGAAGACGAUGUAACUGUCAGGAAGAUGGCGCUGAGAGAGAUAAGGAUGCUAAAGAAACUUCGCCAUGAUCAUCUAGUGAAUAUGCUCGAAGUGUUUCGUCGAAAACGUAGGUUUUACUUGGUAUUUGAAUAUUUGGAUCACACUCUGCUGGAUGAACUGGAAGCUUGUCCCGGUGGCCUAGGUGAAGAUACUGCAAAGAAACACCUGUACCAGCUGCUUAAAGGGAUUGACUAUUGUCACCAGAAUUCGAUAAUCCAUCGUGACGUUAAACCCGAAAAUGUUCUAGUUUCUAACAACGGUAUCGUCAAGCUAUGCGAUCUCGGGUUCGCAAGAGCCCUUGCCGCGCCAGGCGAGCUCUACACGGAGUAUGUCGCCACGAGAUGGUACAGAGCUCCCGAGCUGCUGGUCGCUGAACACAGAUACGGUCCAGAGGUAGACAUUUGGGCCAUCGGGUGUCUAUUCGCGGAGAUGUUAACCGGCGAUCCGCUGUUCCCGGGCGACUCGGACAUCGACCAAUUAGCGCUGAUUAUAAAGACCGCUGGUAAACUUGCUCCUCGUCACCAGCAAGUUGUAUCUCGGUUGUCAGGCGGUGCGGCGCUGGCGGCUGUGAGCGGAACACGUGGAUCCUUGCCUGGCGCGGCGCACGCUAAGGACUUGCUCGCAGCGUGCCUGCGCACCGAGCCUCGAGCACGGCCUUCCGCCUCAGCGCUUUUAAGACAUAAAUAUUUUUUAGCUGACGGAUUUGCGGAGAGUUUCAACGCCGAGCUCAAGAAAAAAUUGGGCAAAGAAAUUGAAACACCAGCCACUCACGGCCCGGCACGAGUCGUAAACAAACCGCGCCAGCAAUGGACGUUAAAUAUUAUAGCUGAUCACAGUAGAUCUCGUACAAGCAGCAACGCGGGGGAAUCGCUAAUAGAUUACAAUUACACUCCGAGUACAGACAUACAAAUGGAAAGUGGACCUUUUGAGAAAAGAACGCCGCAAUCGCAAAUGGCACAAGAAAAUGAGGGAUCUUUACACACCGUCACUAAUACGAUGAAUACCGUCGCUGGAGGCUCUGUUACGGGUGUGGGGGCGCAGUCGACGUUACCUCGGUCUUUGGCGCGUGCGAUUGAUGAAACAUUCCAGACUUUUCCCGUACCCGUCAACUCAUAUCCACGAACGCCCUACAUUAAGAAAGUAAACAGUAAGCUCGUAAUGGACGAGGAACUCUUGCGUGGUCGAGUCGCUGCAAAGAAAGCUGCUAAGAAAAUGACGCCAGAUUUUUCACUACCAUAUGUACCUGGAGCGAGCAACAGCCCAAUUAAGAAAGCCAAAAAGCCACCUGCGUAUAACACCAAGUCUUAUGACGUGUGGGAUCAUACUGUAACUCCAAAUUCAAGAACGCCAACGAAUCUUCCGUAUAUGUGACUAUAUGGACAUGGCUUGUGGAGAGCCAGCCACUAUUAAAAUUACAGUUCUGUGAAACAUUUAAAGUUUGUUCGAAAUAAAAAAUAAUAAUUUGAAAAUAGAACGGACACGUUUUUGAAUGUAUCUUGUUUUAAUAAUUUGCUACUAUUUAAAAAAAAAAACACGUGUUCUUUCUUUAUUUUGGUUUGUGAAACUUUACAGUGUUACUGGCGAAGGUAAAAUAUUAUUCAUAUUUAAGUCUACAUGAAUUGCUAUAGAAUCAUUUAUUAAUAGCUAUGAAUGGUGUGUGUUAAUUCAUUUUAUUUGGAAAAUAUGUGCCGUUUAUUAGAAAGUAUCUAGUGUUUAUUUUAGUUGCUUAUCAUCACUGUACUAAAACACUAUUAUUCUUUAUUAUUGAAUAGAUAAUGUGUCCGCAUUUUAAACAUAAAAGCAGUUUGUGUCUUUAUCUAUAACGUAGAUAAAUUAAAUAUUAUUAGUGUUCUCUUAUGAGAAGUUGGCACUUCUAUGCACUUGGCACUUCCAUUGCCGAACAUUUUUAUUUUAAUCAGAAGUUUUUUUGCUUGUCAUCAAUAUUUUGAAUUUGAUUUGAUAUUUUUAAAUUUAAUGAUGUAACAAUAAUUAUGACAAUGUGACGAAUUUAGAUGAA